AUGAGUGACGAUCAAUCACCUUGGGUGAGACUCUCAGAGGUUGCCGUCAAGGGUGCCCAAUACAACUCCGGUGAACGUCAGCCCCACCCGAAAUGUUUGAAAGGGACCCGGGUUGAUCUCCUCAAAUACAUUCACGAAUUACUGGACAACCCAGAGAAGAAUCAACUCAUUUGGGUGCAUGGCACAGCUGGCGUCGGAAAGUCUGCUGUUGCAUUUACAGUUGCUGAAAAGAUGAGAGGUCUAAAACACACCAAACGCUGCACGACUGGAUAUUUCUUUGCCACGCUUGGCUACCAACUUGCUAUCAAUUUUCCAAGCAUUCAGCAGGAUGUGAACAAAGCGAUCCGCAACAAUCCCGCUUUACUAGACCCAGACACGCCUCUCUGCGACCAGAUGGAGGCUUUCUUUCUCCAACCCCUCCGGAGACUUCGACUUAGAUUCCGCGGAUGUCCACCUUUGUCGUUUGUGUUCGAUGCGCUUGAUGAAUGCACGUCAGAACCCGACAUUACCGAUCUCAUCCUUUCCCUUGCACAGGCUCUUCGUGAGCCUGACCUUCCUGUGACCCACAUUCUACUCACAAGUCGCUCGGAAUCACAUAUAUCUGAAGCCUUCAAAAACGAAGAGGUGCACCUAUUGGUGCGCGAGGUACCUGUGAGAACUUCUGGGGAAGGUGGCAUCAUUUCAUUGGAUGGCGCAGAUGUUGACAAUGACAUCAGUACUUUCUUGCGGCAUUCCUUUGCACAGCUGGGAAUUCGCCGUCCUGAUUUCCCCCUAACCAUCGACUGA